CCAUAGCGUGAUUGCUCUGAUGGAACCUGUUGGUGAACAAUGUAGUCUGACCUUGGUUCAACGCCGUCAAGCCCAGCCCGGUCGCUGUUCGCAGCCGAGCCCGUUGCCACGAUCAUGACAGCAAACCUUGUCCCCGUCACGCCCUUGGCGAUCGGCGAUGGCGCUACUAGCCCUUUGGUCUCGCUGUCACUGACACUGGCCUCCCUUUUGCUCCCAUCCACUCCUUUGAGGUUAUCGAACCCGCCGCGCGCUUCCUUCCCGCGCCCCGCCAUUCUUUUCUAGGACGUUCCCUCGUUUUCGUCAUCUGCCCCCUCUUGGCACCCCGGUCUUCGUUCUCGCCUUCCCACCCAGUCUUCUAUUCUAUCCUUCCUUGAAGCCGACCGCCAUGCAGUAUCUGCUCGACGACCAGAGCGCGGAUAUCGCGUACCUCUGCCCGGUAACGCACCAGACCGUGCUGGGCUCGUACUUCAACAACACCUGGACCUCGAUCUCGGACGAGUCGUGUGGCGAUGGCUGGUUCCAGCUCACGUUUAGUGGUGUCGGCGUAACGGUCUCCGCCCCCAGCUCGUCUGAUUCCCCCGACUACUCUGCGACGAUCGACGGCGCGGCCGCGCAGGCUUCGUUGACCGACGCGGGCUUCGAAUUCGCGGACCUCGACGACGGCGAGCACACCCUCGUCUUCUCUUCAAGCGCGACCUCCGUGCACCCCGCCCUUGACUAUAUCGCUGUCCUCGCCGGCCAGUCGACCGCUCUGGAGGGGCGCACGAUCAUCACGGAUGACGCCGACGAGGCGCUCUCCUACACCGGCGAGUGGUCCACGGAGCCGCCAUUCAAUCUCGUGCUGGGACGCUCCACCGGUCCUUACGCGGGUACGACGCACUGGAGCAACACCGUCGGAGACGCGCUCUCCUUCUCCUUCUCUGGGGACUCUGUUGCCGUCUACGGUACGCUGCCCCCUUCUGGCAGCGAGGGCGCGGACAACGUCACCGUCUCCUACGCGAUUGACGACGAAGCGCCAACCUCCUCUGCCCUCCCGCCUGCCCUUAUUCCGAACCAGGCCGCGCCGAAGACGCUUCUAUUCCACGCCGAUGGUCUUUCCGCCGGCGCGCACACGCUUACCGUGAACGUGACCAACGUCGCGGGCGCGGGCACUGCGCUUGGCAUCGACUUUGUGCUGUACAAUGCGACCUUCAACAACAUUGGCGACAACGGCUCUUCUACGGCAGGCAAGCUCUCUCAAAGCGGGGCUGCGGACAAGGAUAAAGGCGUGAACAUUGGCGCAAUUGUAGGCGGUGUCCUUGGCGCUCUGGCAGGCCUGUCGGCCAUUGGCCUUCUCAUAUUCGUGCUGGUACGCCGCCGCAAUCCUCGCCGCGCUCAGGAUAUGCACGACUGGAAGAAGAUUAUCUCGUUGCCUGUUGCCGGGAGCAAGACGACGAUCGACAUGAAGUUCUGAGCAUCAGACUUCAUUGUACUUCUCUCGCGUCGAGCAGUGGUACCGUCUGCGACGGCAUCGACGUCCCAGCGACAGCCGCCGUCUGCGACGGUGCCCGGUGUUCGGGUGUUUGUUCGUUUUUCAUCGUCUCUACGAGGCGUUGAUUCAUUGUCGCUGCGCGGCACCUUGUAGUUGUAGUACUAUCCUCUUCAUGUACAGUAUCCACGGUGUUUAUGUCUACGUUUGGUUUAUGGGG